AUGUCCCCAAAGCUUAUAUUUGGCACUGGAGGCCUCGGCAUGGCCGGGUCCGGCUCUUUCCAGGACGUGGAUUCUGUGCGCCCGCUUAUGUCUACGUUGAAAGAACUUGGGAUAACGCAUCUCGAUACUGCUGCUCGGUACCCGCCACCAAGCCCUGGUUUGGCAGAGCAGCUAGUUGGGUCAACAGCUGAGGGAUUCGUUGUCGAUACGAAAGUUCUUACCGAUACGAGCACAGAUGGAAGUGGUGAUUUGGAGAAAGAAACGAUGGAGGAAAGUGUCAAUGCAAGCUUGGGGAGGCUGAAAAGAGAAAGCGUCAACAUUCUAUAUUCACAUCGUGCAGAUCCGGCUACACCUCUCGUAGAUCAAGUCAGGAACUUCAACGAGCAAAUACAACAAGGACAUUGCAAACAUUGGGGCGUAUCAAACACCCCGCCUGCCGUACUCGAAGAGAUGCUCAAGAUUUGCGACAAGAACGGAUGGCAGAAACCACGCUACUAUCAGGGGAGUUACAGCCUGAUAACAAGAGGUAUGGAAACGAAGCUCUUCCCCAUGCUACGAUCUGCAGGCAUGCACUUCAACGGUUAUCAACCUCUCGCGGCCGGCUUCUUGACAGGAAAGUUCGUAAACAACGAUUAUACAGGGACGCGCUUCGACACAAGUUCGCCAGUCGGGAGUGUAAUGCAAAAGAUGUUUUCUGGAGACCAACUAAUGGUCGCUAUGAAGAAGUUCGAUGCUGCCGUCCAAGCCGAAGGGCUGACUUCGCCAGAGGUAGCCAUACGUUGGCUGAUACAUCAUUCUGUGCUUGGCGAUGAUGAUGGUAUUAUCUUGGGUGCCAGCCGAAUUGAACAGGUCCAUGAUACCGUUGCUUUAACUAGAAAGGGGCCUCUGGAAGGCAAUGUGUUGGCAUUAGCAGAAGAGCUUUGGCAGGAUGUGAAGAGUUUAAGAAGCGAGAUCCUCUAA